CAUGGGUGUCCAAAAAAUUCCUUCCCAGUUAGUAUUAACUUCAACCGCCUGUAUAUUAAAGCCCACUCUUGCAGCAAGGAACCACAACCAAACCUUGUCCCCAUGGAGGCGCAGCCCACUCCUCCACCUGACCCGGUGGAUUCCUCCCCACACUCCUGGGACGAGCCCUGUCCUUCUCUGAGCUCCGCCAAACUCCGGCUGAUGUGCAGCUACGGCGGCCACAUCGUGCCCCGCCCCCACGACAAGUCACUCUGCUACGUCGGCGGCGACACCCGAAUCGUCGUCGUCCCCCGCCACGUCACUCUCUCGGAGCUCUCCACGCGCCUCUCGAAGUCGUUCCUCCACGCGCGCCCCUUCGUGCUUAAGUACCAGCUCCCCAGCGAGGACCUCGACUCCCUCGUCUCCGUCACCACUGACGAAGACCUCGAGAACAUGAUCGAUGAGUACGAUCACCGCUCCGGAAACAAUAACAAUAAUAAACCUUCUUCACGAAUUCGCCUCUUUCUUUUUCCGUCCCAGCCCGACUCGGUCCACGGGCCCGCGGGCUUGGGCUCUGUCAAGUCCGAGGAGUGGCUCAGUGGGUCCCUUGACGGAGGCUUAUCUGAGUCCGCCUCCGUCAAUUGCAUCCUCGGACUCGACGACGAGGUUGCUUCUGCUUCUGCUGCAGCGAACAGCAAUGGUAACAGUGGGAAAGUUUUCAAGGAUGUGGUGUCGGAUUCGCCUAUGCUUGAGAGCAAUUCGUCUUUCGGUUCUGGUUCCUCUGUGCCGCCGAAUUUGCCGCCGAUAAAGGUUCACGUGGAGAUUGAGGAACAGUUUGCUCAGUUGGGGGUAGGACAGAAGCAACAAGAAGAUGAAGGUUUUGUUGCGCCGGUGCCGGUGAUGGAAUUUUCCACGAACCGCCUUGUCUCCGAUGACGAGAGAUCCGAUCAUGGGGUCCCUCUUGGGCAUAGAAAAUCGCCAACCCCGCCGCUACAGCCUCAGCCUCACCAAUUUCAACAGAAAUCACCUCAUGGUGUUGUUGAUUUGCCUUCCCCUGAUUCACUUUCAAGUGAUAGUAGUCUUUCAAAUGCAAUGUUGCGCCCGAAACCAGCCAUUUAUCAAGACCAAGUUCAAAUUCAAUAUGGAAGUUCUCAGGUUCCUAGCAAUGCCUCGGUUGAUCCAAAGCUUAAUGUGACUGAUCAACAAGGUUGGAUUCAGAUGCAGCAGCAUGUGCAGGAAGCUGGAUAUGUUUUGCAGCCACAAUUUGAUCAACUGCCACUGCCGCAGCAGCAUCAGACUCAGCCGCCGCAGCAGCAGCAUCAACCACAGCAGUAUAUCCACAACACACAUUUAAUUCACCAUACCCUUUCAGGGUCUGUGCCAAUCCCCGCCUCAUACUAUCCUGUAUGUCAGCAACAACUCCAUACCCAACAUCUCCAUCACCUUGAUCAACAAUACCCGGUUUACUAUGUGCAGGCAAGACAGGCCCAACCAUACAACUUGUCAGUGCAGCUGGCUAAUGCAGCUGAAUCUGCCACAACUAUGCCUUCUAGCCAGUCCCAAAAUCAACCAAGUUCUGCUGCUUACAACUCAACAAGAAAUCCUAAUUUUGAAAUGGCAGCAGGUGCAUGUAGAACCGCACCUGCCACCCGUCAAUUGGUUCAAGUUUCUUCUAGUAAGCAUCAACAGCAAUAUGUUGCUCACUCUCAAAUUUAUCAUCACCAUCCUCAAUCGAUGCCUCCUAAGUCUGCAGUACCUGCAAAUUAUGCUUACAACUAUGCAGAUCCUGCACUUGCUCAAGUGUUUUAUAGUCAACCUUUGGCACCCUUCAUGCCUUCACACUACCAGACCAUGACAGCUGCUUCUGUAAUGCGGACGGAAGUUUCUGCUAAGCUUCCCUCCGACAGCAUGAAGAAGCCGCAGCAGGUGACAACCUCGCAGCCAUUGUGAAAAAAGAAAAGGAAAAAGAUACAAUUUUGAAGAAAUGUGCUUGGUUUUUCCUAUAAUUUUUCUAUCGUAGCUCCUAUCUUCUUGGUGGUACUGGUACCAGUUUGUGCCGUGUAUUUCUGACAGAUAAUAAAGAAACUGUGAUAAUCUUCAUACACUCUUUUCUUACUUUAAUGUCAUAAUUUAUAGUAAAGUGGUCCUGGGGUCGGUUAUACUGUAAAAAUUCAAGUCUCAUUAUUGUGAAUUUCAAACAUUUAUUGCUGAAAUGGUUGUCAUGUAUAUUGUAGCUGGCAUUUUCGUGGCGUGUGAUUUAUGUUUCUUUUAGAAAACGAUCUUAAUAAAAACUUUUCAUAUUGACAA